AUUCAAAUCUGAAGUGAACGUUGUCGCCAUGGCGUGGCGUUUCGCUGCCAAUCAAAUUUAAUUAAUUUCGGGCCUAGAAUUCCCAUUUGGCCAAGAAUAGUGUGCAUGCCAAUUAAUUAGCCAGCUGACUCGAAGCGAAGCCAUUCAGCAUGAGUGUGAGUCUUGGUGAUAUUGGUAUCGGAGUGGGUAGUUUACCCGGCGAUUUGCUGUCGUACGAUGAGUCAAAGUUUGCCCAAAAACUAACACACCUGACUCCCACGGAACAGGAAGCCGUCAAGCGUUUUUGGAGGUCACUCGUUUUGCGGAGUCAACGCGCCUUCAUUGAGGAAAAUGCACGUCAAUUGCCGGGCAGUGAGAGUGGCACCCCGAACUCCACGCUGACCAGGUCGGUGCGCAGCUGCAACUGCUGUCCGUAUGGCUACCACAUCGACCUGGACUUUGUGCGCUACUGCGAGGCCCUGGCCAAUGCCAAGCCCAGCGAGGAGGAGCUGCAGCGACGCGAUCGUCGACGCUCGCGCAAGUCGAUGGAGUUUAUGUUGGGCUUCGAGAGUCUCUUUGGCAGCGACUGGCAGCCGGAAGGCCGUGUGCAGCCCAAGCUAAUAGAGGCCGCACAUGAAAGCGAACCGGAUUCGCCACGCCCCGCUGCCGGGCAGUCGGCCGGCUAUCGGCCGCGCUCGGCGUCGGUGCCACGCUUCAGCUACGGCAGCAGCAGUUUGGCACCGCGCCCCGAAUCGCCCUACGGCACUGCCUCCUCCACCUGCUCCUCGCUGCGCGGCGGCAUCGAGAGCGAUGCGGGCAUCUAUCCGUCGCCGAGGAGCCAGAGCAAUCACAGCUACGGGCAUGCCCGUCCGGCCGUUAGUCCGCCGGAGCGACGCGCCUUCCUCCACGAGGCACUCGACGAAGUCUGCAGCGAUUUCGAGCGAACGCUGGAGCGGGCCUCGACCAAGCGGCGCAAGGCGGGCGCCUAUAGCUCCCACUCCACUCCCAUGGAUCGCAACAACAACAGUCUCAGCCUGAGCCUAAGCCUCAACAAUGGCUACGGCUCCAAGGAGGCCAAGGAACGCCGCAUGGGCCAUAGCACGUGGGAUCGUUACUUUGAUGUCGCCGCAGACUCCUGCAUGGCUGGCAACCGCUCGCCGCGCUCGAGCACUCCGCAUCUCUUCCAGCGCUCGAACACGCUGCCUCUGCAGCAGCGGCCCAGUCCCGGCGAGGUGCAGUACGAGAGCUAUGUGCUGGCCACGGUGGCGGCCAAUGCCAAGUCGCCGGUGGAGCAGCUGGAGCAGGUCAAGGGCGCGCCACCCCCACCGCCGCCGCGUCGCCAUCAUCUGACGGCCACGCCCAAAAGCACCAAGGAGACCAAUGGACACGACACUGCCAGCCCGCUGCAGUCGCCCGCCAGCUCCGAGGCUGGGCAGACCACGGCGGAUGCGCAGGCACUCUGCCAGAUACGCGAGCAAAUGGCGCUGAGCCUGAAGCGACUGAAGGACUUAGAGGAACAGGUCAAGGUCAUACCAGACAUGGAGCUGGAGCUGAAUUCACUCCGCUCUGAGAAGCAGCGCCUGCAGCGACGCAACGAGGAACUGCUGCGCAGUCAGCGCCAGACGCCGUCGCCACCCAGUCCGGGCGUCAAGAACGGCUCACCCGUGCAGUUUACGCCGCAGCGCAUCAGUCCCGUUUCGCUGGAGAGCUUGGGCGCGCGCAUGCGGAGCAGCUCCAGCUCGCCGAGCAUCAUACGACGCGAUGUGGCCACGCAGGCAGCGGGCAAGGUGACAGCCACACGGGAUGCGGCCGUGGGCGCCAAGCUGAGCGUACGGGAUGUGGCCACGCAGCAGGCGGAGGCGAUCUACUCACAGGCGGAGCUGAAGCAGAGGAUCGAGCAGGCGAUCGGCGAGCGGAGGCAGCAGCGGCUCAGGCAGCUCAUUUCGGUGGGCACCCAGAUGUAUGUGCCGCAGCGCGAGCAGCGGGAGAAGGGCAUGCAGACGGUGCCGGAGCGGCCGGUGCUCAAGCACAAUGUGAGCAUCAGUGCCAAGCCCGCGACGAGGGAGAGCUUCACCAGCUGCCAGCCGGAAGUGCGCAGCGUGGGCAGCUCGGAGCACCGCACCACGGACGUGCUCUGCGAGAAGUGUGCCAUUACCAAGCGCAGCGUAAGCGUCAGCUGCGGCACCGAGGAGCCGCUGGAGAAGCCGAAGCCAGCUCAGCUGCUGCCGGGACGCAGCAACACCUUCAGUCUCGGCGAGCACGAACAGCUGGCGAUCAAGCGUAAGGCCAUCGGCUGUCAGACGCUCUCCACUCCAGUCCACUCGGCAUCGAGUCAAACCACAACGGCCACAGUUCGCUCGACCGGAGCUCAGGUCAUGCCGGAGCAGCAGCAGAUGGCCACCCAAUGCGCGCCCGUGGAGGCGACCAGCCGGCAGACGGACACCAACGGCCUGCAGCGACUCACACGCAGCAGCGUCAGGGCCGAGCAGCUGAUGGCGCCACUCGUGCGACCCGCGACCUGCCACACCGGCAGCAACACCGAGCCGCCGCCGCUGCCCAAGCCGGAGCGCCUCACGGUUCACUCCGCCUGCAACACGGAGCAGGUGCGCAAGCGAGACGUCGGCUGUGGCGACAUCGUCAAGCCGCACAUUUCGAUCGCCUGUGCGGCCAACUACUGUGAUUCCUGCAAGGAGGCCAUCCAGGUGCUGGCCAAGGAUUUCUCGAAAGCGGAGACAAGCGACUUGGCUCCCGUCUCCCCAACAGCUGCAGCAGCUACGCCCACAGCUACUUCCUCCACCACUUCCACGGUGCGCCGCUCCUCAUCGGCGGACUCUCGCAUACCGCGCCCCAAACAUCUCACUAGUCCCAGCCCGGUGCGCAAGCAGUUCCAGCGACAGAAUACCUAUACGUUGCCAACGGCCGCAGGAGCAGCAGCGACUCCCAAGAGUCCAAAGGCGGAAGGAAAAACGCUUCUGAGCUCGCUGCAGGAGAAGCCGCCGAGCGCUGCGCUGGACGCGUCGCCGGAGUCUCAGAGCUUUAUCAAACAGCCGUCCAGUAAGUCAACCGCCACGUCCAAGGAUCUGGACUUCACCCAAAUGGGCGACGACGAGUUGAUUGUGCGCGAGGAAAAGCGUGUCAGCAUUAGCUGGUCGCGCGAUGCCUCGCCAGCCCCGCUGAUGACAUCGUCUGCCACCACGACGACCAGCACCAAGUCCGCCUCGCCGGAGCAAGCGUCCAGCGAUUCCAAUGUGGAGCGCGAGAUUUCGCAGGGCGCGCGCAAGAAGUCCAGCACGCCCCUCAAGUCUAGUCAGAGCGAGGGCUCCCAGGUGACCGUCAUCGAGCGGAAGACAGAGGAUGCGGAGCCCAACAGCACAAAGGAGGAGCGCCCGCCCACCAAGGCCCAGCUACAUCAGCUCGCCCAGGCGCCAACGGAGCCCAGGCAAAAAUCUGAGUUGGCCAAGGAGCUGAAGGAGGCCCUCAAAGUGAUCAAUGAUUCGCUGCUGAAGAAGCUGGGCUCUCGGCCAAUCACUUCGUUCAGCCUGAAGGCAUCCAAGGCCACCAUUAGCGACCACUGGUUCCGCAUAUCCAGCACGGCCACAUCCAAUCCCCACGAGGUGGAGGACUACUUGGACUACUUUGAAUCUCUGUCGGUGCCACUUUUGGAGUACUGUGUCAAUCUCUCCGAUAGCAAUGGCAACACGGCCAUGCACUAUGCGGUCUCGCAUGGCAACUUUGACGUCGUAUCCAUACUGCUGGAUUCCAAGGUUUGCAAUGUAAACCAAAUGAAUAACGCGGGAUACACGUGCGUCAUGCUCGUCUCGUUGGCCAAGCUGAAGCAAGCGGCGCAUCGGACAGUCGUGGAGCGACUGUUUCAGAUGGCCGAUGUCAACAUACGAGCCAAGAAGCACUGCCAAACCGCAUUGAUGCUAGCUGUGUCGCAUGGUAACAGCGACAUGGUCGAAAUGCUGCUCGAGGCCGGCGCCGAUAUCAACAUCCAGGAUGAGGAUGGCAGCACGGCGCUGAUGUGCGCCGCCGAGCACGGCCGUGUGGAUAUUGUGAAGCAUUUGUUGUCGCAGCCGGAAUGCGAUUCACUGGUUCAGGAUGUGGAUGGCAGCACGGCCUUCAAGAUCGCCUGGCAGGCCGGACAUCGCGACGUUGGCUUGCUGCUGUACGUGCACGAGCAGAUGCUGCGCAGCAAGCUGCCCAAUCGUGGGGAGCCCGUACGCAAGUCUCUGCCCUUGCCCGCGCGCCCCAAGCAGCCAAAGUGAGGCGCAGCGGCUGGGCCGGGCAGCCAUUUUUGUAUUAGCGGCCAAAAUGUCGAACAAAACGUUAGUGGUAAGAUUUUGAAUUAGCAUUUCGUAGCGCUGCCUAGGGAAAGUAGCUAAAAAACCAUUCCAUAUCGGUCAAGCAUAACUGUAAAACCAACAAACAAAAUUGUUCAUAAUUUAGCUAAUAGUUAACACUCACACAAA